GUAUAUAUAGAGAGGAGAAUACUACCCUGACACAGCCGCUUCGCUACCGACAACCAACCAUGAGGACUCUGAUCGUUGUACUGUUGGCCGCCUUCGUGGCAGCAGAGCAGAAGCGCGAGGCUGAGCCCUCAUACGGCCUCACUAACUACGGCCACGGUUAUCGUUACGGGCAUGGGCACAGCUACGGCUACAGACCAGUGGCAUCUUACCACCCCUACGGCCUCCAUUCCGCCAGCCACUCCUACAACCAUAUCCUUCACAAGCGUGAUGCUGAACCUUCCUACGGUCUCGGGUAUGGCUACGGCCAUGGGUAUGGCUUAGGCUAUGGCCAUGGUUAUGGCUCCGGGCACGGUAUUGCUCACCACCCAUACCAUGGCCACUCCUAUGUUCACUCCCAUGGUAUUGGCAAAAGGUCUGCUGAGCCCAGCAAUAUCUAUGGUUACCCUGGGUAUGGGUAUGGUCACGGUCUCGUCCAUGGCCACGGAGCAGUGUACGGCUACAACACGGGCGUCCACCACCCUGGGUAUGGCCACUCCUACCAACACAGAUCCGGUGUUGUGCUUCCUUCUUACGGCUACUAUUAAAACUGUUCUGUCAUGUUGCACUGAAAUAAAACUAAAAGUUUCA